UCAGUGCGAAUUCGGCGCAUGACGGUGACGGAACAACGGCGAGUAGUACGACGACUCCAAUUAUUAUUAUUAUUCAUUGUAAAGCCGUAGCAAAAUAGUUGUGGCGAAUAGUUGUUAUUUAGCGAAAAAUUACUCGGUUUCUCAUGUAUUAAUUUCCGAUUAAAAUCUUAAAAUAAACGUCAGUCAUGAUAUUGCAUGAAAUCAAGUGUGAUGUUUGUACAUACAUACAUAAAUUACCGUUAGUUUUGUUAAUACAAUAAAAUGACAGCAGUGUGUCAUCGCGCAAAGUCUUGGCAAUAUUCGGCAAAACGUGUGAAGAAAGCUUGUUUUUGUCAACGUAUGCGCUUACGUCAAACCCGUUUAAUUGGUGUUAGAAAACAGCUGAUGCCGUGUCGACAACAACAGAAGUGAACAACUGUGUGGAGAAACCAAAAUCAAAACAAAAGAGAAUAGAAAUAACAGAAAAUUAAAAUAAAAUAAAACAGUUUUCGUAACUACGGAUUUAUAUAACAAUAAAAACUAUGCAACUAAAAUAAGAAAUCGGCAAUGUCAUUACUUAUAUAGUAUAUGUGUAAAUAUAUAUAUAUAUAUUUAUUAUAUAUAUGUAAAAUAUGGACUAUGCAUAUCCAUAAAGCGCCAGCUGUCAGUUGACUAAUCGAGCGCGCUGCAACGGACAUAUAAGCAAACAGCAGCGCGCAAUUCCACGCCGCGCGCCCAUUAGUUAAUCCCAGCUGUUAGCAGGCCAAAGCGCCGUGAAAGCGACUGAUCGCCGUUGAGUGCGUGUGUGUGUGUUAGACAGCGCGCGUGUACAAAAGCAGCGUUGCUUGCCUAAGAAUUGGUGCGACUGCUCGAUCGACCGCGUCGUCGGCGCGUGUUUAUCAUGUUUAAUUAGCUCAGACGUCCCUAAUUAAACAAGUGAAAACCAAAGUUCGAUAAAAAUUCAAUAAAAAAAUUCAAAUAAAUUAUAAUAAAUAAACUCAUAAACCACAAUUUGACAGCCAAUGGUAAACAGUUUGAUUGGCCAAGCAGCAACGUUGAAUUGUUUCAUAACUACAGAAACGCCUAAUACCAAAAACUGCAAAUUAAACAUGUCCAACGCUUUACAAAACCCCGUUGACAUUGUGUCGCUGCCGCGCAAUAGUUCGGACUCGCAUAUUGAGCGUUUAAACGCGCAGAAAAAUGAGUCCAAACUGUUUCUCAUCAAGUCGUACAGCUUCAUCGAUAAAUCACUAAAAAGUCAUGCGCUGCCGCAGAAGUUUAAGCAGCGCGCAGAGAAUUUUACUAGUUUUCGCCAUAUAGACGCCCUGCUACUCGACGCUGCGAACGUAAAACUACCAGCAAGUGCCAAAAAUGAACAAAAUAAAACAAAGGCGAAAGCGCAAAAAUGCAAAGCGAACAGGACCAAUUCGGACGAGGAAGAGGAUUACCGUGCUUUGCUGCGACAUCCCUCCGUUAUUAUGGAGGGGGUGGUGAGUGAAAUGCAUGUGCGUCCGAAAUCGAUGCCAAGUGCGGCAAUGACAAGCACGCGGCCGCCACCAGACCCGGCGGCGCCACCGCCGCCUACAGGGAAAUCGAACAAAUCCAAACAAAAUGACUUCAAACGCGAGUCAUUCUUGCGUCACAGCUUUCAAUCGAUACGCCGCAGCUUCAGCGCGCAUAAGAAGUUUGCCGGUUUCGGGCACAAUGCCACAAAUGGCAACGCAACUAAUAAAGCCGAGCGUGCGAAGGCAACUAAAACUUGCACAUCCUCAUCUUCAUCAUCAUCAUCAUCAUCGACGACGUCAACCACCUCCUCCACCACCUCGACCGCGUCAGCGGCCUCCAGACAUUCGGGCAGCAACGGUAAAGCGUGUAAUAAAAGUGAAAAAGUUGGCAUUAUUAUUAAGCUGAAUGACAAUACCGCCUGUUGGGCGGACGGAACAGGCGAAAUUGGCUGCUGUGAAAUCGGGAAUGUUGGUAUUGAGAGCAAGUUAAGGGCGCGGGGAAAGGAAUUGUGUGCAAGCGUCAGUACAUAUGCUGCAACUCCCAACGAUUCUACUUCCAUGGCACCAUUGCAAAGUCACACUGAAACGCAGAGUGUCACGACAUUAAACUUGCAGGACAAAGAAACCUCGCCAAACAGCAGUAAAUCGAGCAGCUCGAGCAGAACACAGUCGACGCAAAAGCAAAAUCAACAACAACAUAAGCGACAGAGCUCCAAUCAAAGUGAUUAUUACAACACUGCCUAUUCGACAACGUCAGACAGUUCAACGCAGAAUCUGAACAAUUGUCUAGUCGACGUCAGGUCUUUGAACACCAUAGCGCCGAGCGGUUACACUGUCAGCACACGCAGCCUCAGCCCAACGUCCCGUAAGAGUGCUACUAACACCACGGCGAAGCAUGAGCAAUCGACUGCGGCAGCAACAGCUGCUGCCGCCGCUACAACAGCGGUGCCUGCCGAGAAGGAGAAGAAGCGUAAAGAGGUCUCCAGUUCGCGUGUGAAGAAAUUCCAUCGACACUUUACGCAGGUGUCCAAAGAUGAGAAGCUCAUCAACUAUUUUUCUUGUGCACUUGUUAGUGACAUACUGCUGCAAGGACAUCUUUAUAUAACAGAUCAGCAUUUUGCAUUCUAUUCAAAUGUGUUUGGUUAUGUUACCAAGGUUGUCAUACCCACGUCGUCCGUCACGAAGAUCUCCAAGGAGAAGUUGGCGAAAAUUAUACCGAACGCCGUGGGUGUCGCCACCGCCGAUGAGCGGCAUGUCUUCGGUAGUUUUAUGAGCCGCGAGGCAGCCUUCCGUCUAAUGUGUAGCGUUUGUCCGCCAUUAGCACCUAUUGAAAAUCUUCCAAAAGCACCCGCAGACAUUGAAAUUUCCGAAGAAUACUCAAUCGAGGAUGACAGCAGUUGUUCGAUUAGCGGCAACGAGAGUCCACCACAAGCUCUAGUUGCAGCAGUCACGGCUAAUGCUGGCGAAAUCGAUGAACUUGGCCAAACGCUGAUACACCGCAAUGUAGCGGGCUCCAGUGUGAGCAUUGCUGAUGGCACCGCAGCAACAAAUGAAAACCAUCGACAUUCCGAUAUUCCAACAGAUGCCAAACAAGCCGGCGCUUUUUCCAACACAAAUAUGCGCGCUUCAGCGCCACCCUCGGCACGCUACAACUCCAACCACGGCAAAACUACCAGCGGUGCAGACUGUACACCGAUUGCAAAUGCCAGCAGCAGUGAUGGCUUGGCGACUGCCGGUAUUGCGCUAAUUGUGACCGGCACCAAUACGUCGGGCUCAUCGUCGCCCACACCGUCAACAUCUUCCUCGCUGCCAAUCACAGUGAUGGGCAGCACACCUAAGUCAGCAGGGCAUGCGGCUGUGUCGAGCUUCAAGACGCUGACACAGAAGGCGCUGCUGCGCUUGAAAUUCCCCAAGGAAUUACAUGUCGUUUACUUAGGUGUGCUGCUUACUAUGGUACUGGCGCUAUUUUCUGUUUUUCUGCUCUAUCGAAUACUGGACAUUGAGGCGAAAACGAGCGCAUACCGCUCUCCAAAUGAGUUCAAUUGGCAGCGCACCGGCAGCGAUGACGAUAUAUUUGCGGAGGCUUUGCGUUGGCAAAAAGAACUGCAAGCUAAAAGCACCGAAGAAGCUCAAGAUAUACUUACACACAAUUUAGAGCAGAUUGCCAAGGUGCGUCGCAGCCUAGAAACGCUCUCAAUGUUAAUCCAUGACAGAAGCUCAGCUCAUGAACAGCGUGACGAAAGUGACUGAAUUUAUAUUUCUAAUUAAUUUUAAAUACAAUUCAACCGUAAAAGGAAAGGGUACGAGCCUUUCACACACACACACAUACAUACAUACUACAUAAUACUUUUAAGCUGGUAAACUACGAUUAAAUUGAAGCAGUUAUACUUACUAUAAUGAAAUAAAUUCAAAAUAAGCACUACAUACAAACAUAAAAGAAAAAAAAGCAGCAAUUGGAAAGCGUAAAGUGAAAAAGUGCGUAGGAAAUGCGGCAAUGCAGCGCGCAAAAGAAGUUACAUACACAAAGGAUUAAAAGUAAGUCCCAAAGCAAAUAUACAUGCACACAAAUGUAUUUAGGGUAAACACCGUUGGAAAAAUUGCGAAGCAUGUAAAUAUAUUUUUCUUUUGAAAUGUGCAUCCUGUCAAUUUGAUAUUUCUAUUUUUGAAUAUUUUCGCUGAUCACACUUCUUUGCAUGUGGCUGUGCGCUCAAGUCAAUUUUUAUAUGGUUCCUAUUAACGGUUAAAGUAAUUUUUUGGUAUUGUAGUCAUGCUGAUGUGCCAAAGAUAUUUCGAAAUGAUAUCUGUACUGCAAAGAACCACCAGUUGGUGAGCAAAAUUGUAUUUUCAACAUUUUGCACAUGUCAAAACGAAUUUAUAUUAUUUAUGCAAAGCCCAAUUUAAGCCUCGACAAAAUGGUAAAACGUGAAAAAUCGGCCAACGUUUUUCAACAAUUUACAGCUACUUUGAAAUUUUUCAAUGAAAUAAGUUGAAUUUAAGAUAAAAAGCACUAUACAUUUUUUUUAUGUAACCCUUACGUGUGAAAUAGAAGGAAAUGCCAGCUUGGGGACAGCUGGAGACACAAUGCACCUAAGUUGCCUCAGACCAUUCAGCUCCUUCAAGGAUUCUACACUUGAAUACCGGAAAUUGAAAAAAACAUGCUGGCCGAUUCUUCCAUUUAACCCUCAUGUGCAUCCAUUUACAAAUAUUUUGCCGUACCCCAAAAAACAAAAAAAAAAAAAUAAAAAAUAAAAUAAAACUGCUGCGCUGCGCUAUUGUCUGCAAAUAAAUGAAAAAAAUUAAGCAAGCAUGGUAUUUUCACCUGUAAACCGCAAAAAUAAUUUAUUACGCAAGCGGUAAAAGCAACUAAGUGUUAAAGUAAAUUAUAUUGUAAAAAUAAGAACAAAAAGUGCGCCAGCUGCGUGGCAUAAAGCGCUGGCGAUAAAAACUAAAAACAAAGUCUUAUAUAUACUACAAUAACAACAACAACAAAAAGCAAAACGGCAAAAGCCAAAGGAGAAAAGAGAAACACUUUCAGUAACAAACCUAGAAGCUGGGACAUGGUGCAAUGUUGGAGACGCCUGUGGCCCGAUGCGCAGUCGCCGCCGCGGCUGCCGCAAGCCACGCGUUACACAAAAUUACUAAUUAUAGACAAGCUCUCAUGUGCUAACUCGAUCAAAAAAUGUGACGGAGUGUCGCACAUGAACAUUCAAUUCAAACUUCUUUCGGCGCCUUAACCCUCAUUUCCCAUACACACAUACACACACAUGAAAUUAGAGAAAAGCUUAAGAUUUGACAAAUCAAAGCAUGCAAUUUCCCCGCGCGUCUUCUCACACACACACACAACAUUCGCCACCUAUAAGCAUGUUUUUAAACCACACUCUCAAUUUGCUAUUUUCCGCUUGGCAAGCUUCGGCGAUUUUUCUUCUCUUUUUGUACACAAACAAAAGCAAAAAGAACGAAAGAAAUGCAAGAAAAUCCCUAAAACUUAUUUUCGGCCUGGAAGUUUAGAGCGAAAGAUUCCCCUGUGAUACAAACAAACAUGCGUACAUGCAUACAUACAGACAUACAUAUGUAUUAAAUUGAUUUUUAUUAAGUAAGAAAAUGAAAUUUGCGAUUUAAAGUAAAUCUUAAGUGUAGCUGAAAUAUUUAUACAUUUUUAAUUGAUUACGAAAUUAUGAAAUAAGUUUGCGAAUUUUGUUACCUUUUCCGGUGUAAUUUAUUAGUUGUAAUUACAAAUACUUCUGGCAAAUUAAAAGCCUAACAGCACCUAGAUAAAUAAGUAUAUGUGCAUGUAUUUUAACGCAUUAUAUAAUAUGCUGCAGACACUCUUUCCCGCUGCUUUGUGCUUUCGACUCUAAGAACAAAAAUGUUCAUAAAAAAUAAUGUGUAUUUAUUACUGUUGUAAUUAAAAGUAAUUAAAUGUAUUUGUGAACUAAAAUAAAAACAAAGUCAGCUACUUCGUGUAAUUUGCAUGUGUUAGUGCAGUGGAAAGCGGAAGUAAUAGUUUUUAAGACAAAAUCCAAGUGAAGAGAUUUUGUAUGCGUUAUUUCUGCGUUUUUGUAUGAUUAAAAGCAACAUACUACGUAAUAAUUAGAAACUAGAAGAAGCAGCUGGUCCCCAUUAAUAUAUGAUACUUCCAUAAAAAGAAAUCUAAAAGCGUGAAAAUGAACAUAAUCAAAAGAAACGAGGAAAGAAGACGAAUAUGAAUUUCUAUUUGAAAGAAAUUAAUAGAAUUUAAAAACAAUUCAAAAAUGUAAAAGUAAACAAAAAUAUUUAAAUAUUUAAAUAUUUUUGCUAACUUAAUUGGCUUCUAGAUUAGCUGAGUAAGAGAGACUACAAAUAUGGUAGAGAAAUUGAAAUAAAAAGAAAAACAACUUGAGAAAUUAUUACAAACAAACAAAAAGCAAAAAUAUAAAAUAAACAGAAAUUAAACACAGAAAUACAUAAAAAUUGUAAACCGACCCAAAGGUUGAUAUGGUUCGCAUGUAGCUUACAAGAAAACAUUCAUAAAUAAUCGAAAACAGAAUAUUCGCAAUAAAUUAUGCAAUAUAGCGCAAACAUGAAAAUUUAAAUAAAAAA